AGUCCGGGGGGAGAAGACCGUGAGCUGGCUCGCGAAGUGUCACUGAGCCGGGGAGUUGAGCUUCUGGACGGGGCGGGGAGGACUUCACACCACGGCGAGAGGAGUGAGUGAGCACCCCCGGGAAAGUGUAACAGCUCUGGGAGUGAGGACCACUACCUGCCUGGAUCGGUGCUGCUGUUACCGGAACACCGUUCGCUGGGUCUGCACGGCAGUAGAACCGGCGUCGGUGGAGUCGUUACCGGGAGCAAGCGCGCACAUUUACACACAUACACGCACCUACACGCACAUACUAUUACACACACACCUUUUGAGGAGUUACUACAAUGUUUGACAACCACGGCCGUUUGUGAGGUGGGUUACCGGGAAGCUUUGGGCCGAACCGGAGGACACCCCAACUGGAUUACCAAGCUCCCCGCGUCGCAGCGUGUUUGUUUGGGGGGUGGCGGGGGGGUUACCAGAGGAUCCAACAACUGGAAUAUAACAACCUAUCUGUGGUAGUCCUUACCGACCCACGGUACAGCCGCUGUUGGUCGGUUCUUUCUGGGUUUGGGACGCAGAUCUGGGGGAUAAAUCCUCCCAGCCCGGCUCGGUCGGACUAUGGCGGACGACGACAUUCUGUUUGAAGAUGUCUACGAGCUCUGCGAGGUCAUCGGCAAGGGUCCGUUCAGCGUGGUGCGGAGAUGCAUCAACAGAGAGACGGGGCAGCAGUUCGCCGUCAAGAUCGUGGAUGUGGCUCAGUUCACAUCCAGUCCAGGACUCAGCACAGAAGACCUGAAGAGGGAGGCCAGUAUCUGUCACAUGCUGAAACACCCUCACAUCGUGGAGCUGCUGGAGACUUACAGCUCUGAUGGGAUGCUUUACAUGGUCUUUGAAUUUAUGGAUGGAGCUGACUUGUGUUUUGAGAUUGUGAAGCGAGCAGAUGCCGGUUUUGUCUACAGUGAGGCAGUGGCCAGUCACUACAUGAGACAGAUCCUUGAGGCUCUACGCUACUGCCACGACAACAACGUCAUCCACAGAGACGUCAAGCCUCACUGUGUGCUGCUGGCGUCCAAAGAAAACUCGGCUCCUGUGAAGCUGGGCGGGUUCGGGGUCGCCAUCCAGCUCGGGGAGUCGGGACUGGUGGCAGGAGGCCGGGUAGGAACCCCUCACUUCAUGGCCCCUGAGGUGGUGAAGAGGGAGCCGUACGGUAAACCGGUGGAUGUGUGGGGCUGCGGGGUCAUCCUCUUCAUCCUCCUCUCAGGCUGUCUGCCCUUCUAUGGCACCAAGGAGCGUCUGUUUGAAGCCAUCUGCAAAGGAAAGUACAAGAUGAAUCCCCGUCAGUGGGUCCAAAUCUCAGAAAGUGCCAAAGACCUGGUGAGACGUAUGCUGAUGUUAGACCCUGCAGAGAGGAUCACCGUGUAUGAGGCUCUGAACCAUCCCUGGCUAAAGGAGAGAGACCGGUACGCCUACAAGAUCCACCUGCCAGAGACUGUGGAACAACUGAGGAAGUUUAAUUCCAGGAGGAAGCUCAAGGGCGCCGUUCUUGCUGCAGUGUCCAGUCACAAAUUUAACUCGUUUUAUGGUGACCCCCCUGAAGAGAUCCACGACUUCUCUGAAGACCCCACCUCCUCAGGACUUCUAGCAGCAGAACGUGCUGUGUCUCAGGUGUUGGACAGUUUAGAGGAGAUCCACGCUCUCACAGACUGCAGCGAGAAAGACCUGGAUUUCCUCCACAGCGUUUUCCAGGAUCAACAUCUACACACGCUACUGGAUCUCUACGAUAAGAUCAACACCAAGUCGUCUCCAAGCAUCAGGAACCCUCCGAGUGAUGCCGUUCAGAGAGCCAAAGAGAGAUCAUCCAGAGAUGCAGCAGGCGGAGCUUUGAAACUUCUGGAUUAUGUUCUGGAAGAAAUCUCGUGCUACCCAGAGAACCACGAAGCAAAGGAACUCAGACGGAUACUGACCCAGCCACAUUUCAUGGCCCUGCUGCAGGCCCACGACGUGGUUGCGCACGAGGUUUACAGUGACGAGGCUCUGAGGGUCACCCCCCCACCCACCUCGCCCUACCUGAACGGAGACUCACCUGAGAGCGCCAACGGGGACAUGGACCUGGAGAACGUCACCAGAGUCCGCCUGGUCCAGUUCCAGAAGAACACAGACGAGCCCAUGGGUAUUACGCUGAAGAUGAACGAGUUAAACCACUGCAUCGUUGCCAGGAUAAUGCAUGGGGGAAUGAUCCACAGACAAGGAACUCUACAUGUGGGUGAUGAGAUCAGAGAGAUCAACGGCAUCAGUGUGGCCAACCAGACGGUGGAGCAGCUGCAGAAGAUGCUGAGGGAGAUGCGUGGCAGCAUCACUUUUAAAAUAGUGCCAAGUUAUCGAACACAGGGCUCAUCGUGUGAGGUAACGCCUCCUCCUCCUCCUCUUCAUCCUCCCUCCUCUUCACUGAUCAAAGAGUCCCCCACCACCUCCAGGCAGUCACCUGCCAACGGUCACUCCAGCAUUAACAGUUCUAUCUUGGACCUGCCGUCCACCAUCCAGCCCAAAGGUCGACAGAUCGUAUCGAGACCUCCAAUCAAGGACAAAAUGUCUGUGAAGAUCUACGUCAGAGCUCAGUUUGAAUACGACCCCUCCAAAGACGAACUCAUUCCCUGCAAAGAAGCCGGCAUUCGCUUCAGAGUCGGGGACAUCAUCCAGAUCAUCUCCAAAGACGACCACAACUGGUGGCAGGGGAAGCUGGAGAACACAAAGAACGGCACAGCGGGCCUCAUCCCGUCACCGGAGCUGCAGGAGUGGCGGGUGGCGUGUAUAGCAAUGGAGAAGACGAAGCAGGAGCAGCAGGCGAGCUGCACCUGGUUUGGAAAGAAGAAGAAACAGUACAAAGACAAGUACCUGGCAAAGCACAACGCAGUGUUCGACCAACUAGACCUGGUCACGUAUGAAGAGGUGGUGAAGCUUCCUGCCUUCAAGAGGAAAACGCUGGUGUUGUUAGGAGCUCACGGAGUAGGAAGACGGCACAUCAAGAACACGCUCAUCACCAAACACCCCGACAGAUUCGCCUACCCCAUCCCACACACGACCAGACCUCCGAAGAAAGACGAGGAGAACGGGAAGAACUACUACUUUGUAUCCCAUGACCAGAUGAUGCAGGACAUCAGCAACAACGAGUACCUGGAGUACGGCAGCCACGAGGACGCCAUGUAUGGGACGCGGCUGGAGACCAUCCGCAAGAUCCACCAGCAGGGACUCGUUGCCAUACUAGACGUGGAACCUCAGGCCCUGAAGGUCCUGAGGACGGCAGAGUUUGCUCCAUACGUUGUCUUUAUUGCCGCACCAACCAUCACGCCAGGCAUCAGUGAGGACGAGUCUCUUCAGCGACUGCAGAAGGAGUCGGAGAUCCUGCAGAAAACCUAUGCCCAUUAUUUUGACCAGACCAUCAUCAACAACGAGAUCGACGAGACCAUCAGGUUCCUGGAGGAGGCCAUCGACUUGGUGUGCACCACCUCUCAGUGGGUCCCUGUGUCCUGGGUGUACUGAUCUCUUCUUCAACCUGCUCUCCCCUCCUCAGUGUCAUCUCCUUGGACAUCUUCUCCUCCACAGAUUAAAAAAAGAACGACCCCCGGAAAAUCCUCCUGAACGCUGCACCAACAUCGUGCAACGGAGAAAACUCAGACUGGACAGACGACCUGCUCAUAGUGUUGUAUAAAAACAGAGUAAAAACGUGAAUAUUGUCGUGUCUGUUCUAGCUAGGAGGCGACAUUUUUGUAGAUGUUUGUUUUAAAGAGACAGUACUGUGUCCUGUCCUCCCACAAUCUUCUGUUCCUACAUUGUAGUCCUGUUGGGUGUUGUAGUUCUUAAAGACAGCAGCGGUGUGUAUUCUGAAUGAAAAGCACACAAACACACCGCAGUGUCUCCUCACCGGUAGAUCAUUAUUUAUUCAUCCUAGGGCUGGGCAAUACCGACCAAUCAUAUACCUCCAUAUUCUUUAACUGGUACAUGAUAUGUCUAUGGAUAUAUUUUUUUCUGUGAAGAAAUAAAAAUUAAACCAAAUUAAGACCACCGCAACAAAAAUAGAAGUCAGAGCCACCAUUUAUUGGGCAAUAUGUCAUCCUCACACUGACUAAAUUGUGCAAUAAUAGUUGCAGGAUUUCAGUCUAUUAACGUCAAAAUUUCCUGUAUUAUUAGGACCAGAGUCCACAGCCACUGUUUUUUCAGUGGCAGCACUCAUUAUCAAAGCAAACCCAAAGAAGUCCAAUGUUUUCAGCCCUCGAGAGCUCUGUGUACCAAAUUGCCCUGCUAGCAUGACAAGACAGACCCUUAAAUAUGGCAUUUCUAAAAGAUCAUCCAUUACCUUAAUGAUUUUUGGUAUGAAAAGUACAGAAGCAAAAUGACUGUCAAACAUUUAACUACAACAAAACAAAAAGAGCACUGUCUAAAUUGCACAAAUAUGUAAGCAACAUUGAGGAGUGAUUAAAACUUGUGAGGAGCCCUUCUUUUCAUGUCAGUUCCAACCACCAAUGUUGCCAAUGUAUUUUGGCUAUUUAGAAUGCAGGUAAGAGUGGGUGGGAUGAAUUGGACCAUUUAGAUGGUCCAAUUUACAAGGCAAGAAGGCAUUGAAGAAGGCAAAGAAAAGGCAAGAAGGGAACUGAGAUUGCAAAAAAGGUGGGUUGACAAUGCAUGAAAAGAGGUUGGAAUUUAUUUGUGCAAUUCACAAGGCAAGAAAGCAAUUAACAACAAAAGAAAAAGUGUUUGGAACUGCUUUAGAGCCUUCACAUCUUACCACUCUCAAGCCUUUUUCAAUGUUGCUAAUGUAUCUGAAUAAUUUCAAGGCAAAGAGAUAUGGGUGGAACAUAUUUGUUCAAUUUACAAGGCAACUAACAAGGUAAGAUGGCAGUUUUAAAGGAAAGGAAAAGUAGUUGGAACUGACAUGGAGCCCCUAUUUCUCACCAGUUCAUACCACUUUUCAAUGUUGCCAAUGUAUUUGAGCAAUUUCAAAGGAAAUUCAAACUGGUUGGAAUGUAUUUAAACAAUUUAUAAUGCAAUUAAGAAGACAGAAAUGGGUGGAACUAGCAAGGAGCCCCACUUCGCACUUUCACGUUCUGUCCACUUUACAAAUGUUGCCAACAUAUUUUACAAGUUAUUAGGCAAGAAAAAGUUGCUGGAUUUUAUUUGUGCAAUUAAGGAGUCAUAUCAUAUCCUGUAUGGAUCUGUGUGAUAUUGUCUGACCCUUUCUCUGGUUUGAAAAUAUGAGGAUAUAUCUGAAGGAGUCGAAGUAUCGCCCCGCCCUGGUUUAUCCUUCUUCUUUUCUGCCUCUGGCUAACAUCCUGGCCUUCCCCACUGGGUACUGGGUACUGUCUCUUCUAAAUAAUAAAUCAAUUCAUUUUUAGAGAUCUGAAUGAGGUUAUCUUGCAUGUGGACAUUUGCAAGCUUCAUGCUGUCAGUCAGUCAGUGUUCCCUGUGUCCCUCUGUGAACCUCCAACAAAGAAAAGAAGACAAAAAUAUGAAUAAAUAUGAAAAAGAAAAAAACAUUCCAGCUGUUUGGAGCCUGAACUCAGCCAGAGGAAGCACGAGGGGGCAGCACCGGAGUGGGCAGUGACAUGACACCUAUGCACAUCCUUUGCAUUUCGGGUGACAUUUCUAAACCACAGAUUUACUAAAAAAAAAAAAGAAAAAAAAGAAAAAAGAAAGAAAUACAGCUGAUCAUGUAGUGAGAUGUGUUUGUAAAAAUGAAAUCAAAUAAAGUUCUUGAUUUUU